AUGGGGCUCCUUCCAGACUGGCUCCGGCGUGCCAUCGACACAGCUAUCGCUCAAUAUCUACCUGCACGUUACGGCGGCUUCGACAUCAGGUGUUCACGUCUAGCGAGCAUCCACGGUGCAUGGGAUCCCUGGCGCGAGACUACGCAGGCAGCGAUCGAGGUGCCAAACCGGUUCGAUACUGCUUCUCAGCCGUACAAAUUCAUAUCCGGCGCGAUUCAUCACUUUGACGGAUACGGCGUGCCAGCGAAGGAGAGCAACAUCCUUCCUGGUCCCGUCGCUCAGGUACAGAGCGAGAUAGUCGCCUUUGUCCAGGGCUGGCUAAGUGAGGCAUCCUGA